AUGAGCUUUGGAGUGGACAUGGACUUUGGGGACAUCAAAUGUCAGUGCCUCCUUGCCAAGUCAACCAACAAUGACCCUGAAGUAUCUGUGAAUUUCAUCCAGACUCGAGGACCUACCAUCCAAGAUGAUGAUGAUGAACCUGAAGAUGACCUCCCUGACCUUGAGAGUGUCUCAGAUGAUGAUGAGUAUGGUACUGACAAUGGAGUCACCACUGAUGAUGAGGACUCUGAUGACAGGAUGAGGGUCUUCUUGCACAAACUAUAUGAAGUGGGUAUCAUGAGUGCACAGAGGAAUGUCCCAUGGAAGUCUUUACUCAACCUUCUCUAUAUGCACCAGUACACCAUUGUUAAUUGGCCUGCUGCUGUCCCCACUGUUGGCCCAGAUUUCAAUAUCAAGGGCCUCAGUGCUGACGAGCUCCAUGCCUUGACUGUCCCUUUUCUAAAGGAACAAAUAGGUGCUGACUUCCAUUCUGAGGUCCAUGUAGAGGAUGAGGGUGAUGAUUACUUGGUGCCAGUACCCAUGGUGUCAUUUGAUGUCAGGGAGUGGACACCUGAGCAGAAGGAGCUAUUUAGGAUGGUUAGCCCAGAGAUGUUCAAAAUCCCACUGCUAGUAAAUACAUUUAAUCAACCCCUUCAUAUUCUUUCAGAUUUGCAAGCCUUCAUUAAAGCAAUCCUGAAAAGCAUGGGCCCCUCUGACUCAGAAAGGACACCCUCACCACUUCCUCCAUCAUCACCCCCUGUUGAAGAUUCACUGCAGUCACUCAUAUGUGGUAGUAUGGGAGUGAACACACCUGCAGACUAUCAUCAUUCCACUCCCCCCUCCUCACCCAUGACUGAUGUGCCACAACAGGCCAGCAUUCUCUUUGCCAUUCCACAGUGCCAGAUGAAGAGUCACACCAUGUGUGUCAUCACUCUCCAGUAG